AUGAUUCAAUGUUUCAGUGAUGCAACAGUUGAUAAUUUGAAAAUGAUCGCAUCAGCACAUACAUUAUUUUCGAUGUUAGCAAAUGCAACUAAACAACGUCAUUUAUCAAGUAUCAACAAAAAUUUAUCAUUAAAAUAUGCUAUUACUAAUAAUCAUAUGAACAAUUUUAUUGAUAAUAAUACAUUACAUUCAAUUAAUAGUACUAUUACUGAUAUUAAUAGUACUUCAACAAUAAAAUUGUUAGUAUUAACAGCAACAACAAUAACAACAACAGCAUUAUCAUCAUCAACAACAACAACAACUACUACUACAACAACAAUUACUACUAAUAUAACACCUAUUACUACUACUAUUACUAUUACUAGUAAUACUACUACUACUGUUCCUGCUGCUACUACAGCUAAUGAUGAUAUGACUACUACUAUUGAAGCAGUUAAAUCGAAAUUUGAUUCUAAAACUGAUAAAUAUGAUGAAAAUAUAAACACUGCUGCCAGCGAUUCAAUAAGUUCAACAAAUUCAGAAUUUGAAAUGUAUAAUUUAGCUACAAAUAAAAUUACACCAAGAAUAUUAGAUGUAACAGCAACCAGACGAAAUGCCAUGUAUCCGGAAGCAACAUCAAUACAUAGUAUGAUUUCAUCGAGCUCUGAAAUAUUUUCGAAAACAAAAAUGUUAGAUAAAAUGAUGUUUACAACAAUAACAGCAACAACAGUAACCACUAUUACUAUUACGACAACAGCAACAACAAUUCAAAAAGAAAAUAUUUACAACAAUGAUGUUACAUUGAAUGAAAUAGAACAAAAGCACGAAAGCACGAAAAUUUCACCUAUCAAUGAAAUCAAUAAUACAUUUCUGGGGUCAAAUAGUAGUAGCACUACGUUUACAAAUUUAUGCACUACUAUAUCAGUACCUGGAAGCAGUAUCACAAACACUAUGUUUACUGAUACUAGUAGUACAAGCAGCACUAUCACUGAUGCACUUCCACUCAGUUCUUCAGAUAAUAAAAUUAUCCAGCAAUCAGUGUAA